AUGCCCAGAUCAAGGAGAUCCAAAAUCACCACACUUUCCAAGACUCCCGUGCGAUCUACGAAAGCCUCAAAGCAAGCUUUGGUGAAUGAGAUUCGAGCGACAGUCGAUAAAUAUGAUCAUUGUUGGAUAUUCAGCGUAGGGGACAUGAGGAACGAUGGUUUGAAAGAGGUCAGAGCUCAGUGGAGAGGGACAGGUAGAUUCUUCUUUGGGAAAGGUAAAGUCAUGGCGAAAGCUUUGGGAGAAACACCCGAGACGGAGUAUCAAGAAGGUUUGUCCAAUGUUGCGAGGCGACUGAAAGGUCAAAUUGGAUUAUUCUUCACUUCUCAUCCAGUGGACGAAACUGUUGAAUGGUUCGAAUCAUGGUCGAAGAAAGAAUACGCAAGGAUGGGAGCUAGAGCCACUCAAGAAAUUACAUUACCAGAGGGUCCAUUAUUGACACCCUAUACCGAAUCCAACUCUGGUGACCCCUUCCCUCACUCUAUGGAACCUCAAUUACGUGCUCUCGGUCUAAGUACAUCGCUAGUAAGGGGUGUACCAUCGUUAAACAACCCUCAUCUACUCUGUAAGAAAGGAGAGAAGUUGUCAAGUGAGAAAUGUAGGAUAUUGAAAUUGUUGGCUGUCCAAAUGGCCGAAUUCAAAAUAAUACUCGGAUCCAGAUGGUCAAAAGAAUCAGGCUUCAUACAAGGUAAAGAAUUAGAUGGAGCAGAGAGCGACAACGAACAAGAACAAGAAAUCAUGGAUCAAGAUUAA